AGGCUGAAGCUCCUGGUAGCUGAGCUCCAAACUCUGUUCUUAGCUGUGCUGCAGGACAGCAGCCCUGCAGCCUGGCACUACCUGCAUUCAGUGCUGCAGCUGCUCCGUCCAUAUCGUGCCUGGCUGAGCGGCCACCUUGAUUUGCUGCCCUUCCUGGGACAGUUGUACCACUGGGCACCCUGGGUCCAAUCCCAGCUCCAGCUGGACCUGCUAGAUGCCAUAGACCAGGUCUUUCCCCCAGACACCUCUUUGUUAGAGAGCACCUCCCAUGUCGACUGCUGUCUUCAGAACCAGAGGUCCCAGCAGGGGCCCCCACUCCCAGCAUGCCCUUUCGUGCAGGCCCGGAGCAGUGGGCAGCAAGGAGGGGAGGAUUUGGCCACAUGGCUGCGACCACUGACUCUGCCUGAGCUACAGCGCAGCCUGGGUAUUGUUGGUGUCCAGGUGGCUCUGAAAGAGGCCCGGUGGCAAGAUGGCUUUAGCCUCCUGCCCUUGGCGCUGGCAGCGGACAUCCCUGUACAGUAUGAAAGCAGUGGCGCUGACGGCGCAGAGGAGGAGCCUGUUGGAAGAAGAAAGACUGAGUCUCAGCUUGACUCUGAAGUUUCUAGAAAGAAGACCUUCCAAAAGAGCAGCAGUGGCUUCUUCCCUCCGACUUCCCUCCCGGGUAGCCAGGCAAUGACCAUUCUGAAGACAGAGAGAUACCUGAAGAAGAUCCACUUCAUCUACCUCAAUGUGGCUCCUAGUCGGUACUUUAGGCCCUACAGCCUGGUGGUGGUGCCACUAAGCAAGGUGAAUCCUGAGCACUACAUCUUCUCUCCCUUUGGGGUCCUGCAUAUACAUCCCGCGGAGGACACUGAAGCAAUGACGCUGGGCACCUGGCACCGCCACUCUGUCCUCUGGCAACAGCUCCAGUUCAUUCCGUUCUUCAAGUACUGCCUCUUGCGCAAGGCCUGGGCCCGCUGGAAGAAGAGCAUGAAGUCUCAGGGGCUGCACCGCUGCCGGGCUUUCCUGGGCAGGCACCUGCUGUCUGCUGUGCCCCACUUUGGAGUGGCGCUGCUCCAUAUCAGCAGGCUUCUGCAGGAGCUGCAUUCUGUGUCCUGGCUGCCCCAGGAGCCGGAUCGUUGCUACCAGCUGCUGGACCUGCAGCAGGCUCUGGCCACAGAGAAUCACAAGGCCCUGCACCUGCUUUCUCGCUGCCUGCACCUCUGCUCAUCCAUCCUUCACAUGGUUCAUGAGGAUACAUAUCAAAUGCAACAAGGCCUGCAGGAACGGGUAGAAAACUGCAAUAGGACCCGAACAGGCCAGGGCUCCAUAUACCUUCAGAGGGUGCAGCGCCAGCAUCUGGAGAAGAAGCUGAAGCAGACAGAGACCUGGCUGCCACAGCUGGGACAGUUGGCCCGCCUGGUGGACUACAUGAUUUGCCAGAGCCUCGUGUCUAUCAUAGAGGAGAAGAUAACCUCUUUUGUGGCCAACAUCCUGCAAGCCCCAAGGCACAGUCCCUUUCUCUCAGCACAGCUGGUCUUUGACAGCUGCGGCCAGCUGUCUCAUGAGCCCUGUAUUGAAAACAUGAUCCAGAUUCUGACUGGGGGCCUUCAGUUUGUCAAGGCCUCUGCUCUGAAGGUAAUGAUGCAGUCUACAGACCUGAAGACCCCCUGGGAUGCCCUGUACUGUGAAGAAGAAAAUGAAGAGGAGGGCUCGAACAUGGAAUCCUUGAUGCCCAAGUCCCACGGCCAGCCCGGCGACGCUGUGCACAUCUUCUGUGGUCCGAAUAUAGGAUUGGUGUGGCCCUGGAAGUCUCACACAACUACUGAAGCCUUGGAGGUGCGUGGGUACCGGCUGCGGGGCCAGUUCUUGCCCCCCAAUUACAAGCAGCUGCAAGAGGAUCUGGAUAACAACCCUCGAAUCCAGCAGGCCCUGACUACCCAACAGGCCCUGCUGAAGGACAUGCUAUGGGAGGUGCAGGGAUUCUGCAGGAAAUAUCACUGGAUGCCAGGCAUUUAUGAAUUUCUGCAAACCUGGGGGCCUCAGAAACUGGAGUCUAUGAGAGGUUGUCCUAUCAAGAACUACGUGAUGCUGGUGAGCCGCCUGAACAUUUGGAAGGCCUGUGUCUCCAAUAUGCCUAUUGAGUUGAUCACAAAAGGCAAUUUGCUGCUGCUGAGCUGCCACAAUAUACAGGCAGACAUAAAAUCCAAGCUGGAGAGCAUCAGGAUGGACAUCCUUGCCCACGUGCAGAGCGAGUGCAGGAGCCGCAGCCAGCACCUGAUGAAAGAGCUCACAGAGUUCAUCGAGGUCUUCCAAAACAUCAACUCGGACAUUCAUGCCAUUGCCCGGUGCUCCCAGAAGUUGAACGAGGCCCAUGAGCAGUACAGCAAGUUGGAGGAGCGAAUGGAAUACACACGGUCACUACAUGAACUCAUCCGCAACCACUUCCGCCUCUUCAGUGCCGACAUGGAGGCGCUGGACACCUCGGUGAGAAGACCAUUCAGGGAGUCGCCCAGCCCACCGUCCCCCUCCCCCACCGCCAACCGACUUGACUGCCCUCUGCUUGCCCCUCAGCUUCUGGAUACGUGGGAGGUAUUUCAGUCUGAGAGAAGCCAGGCUUCAGAGUUCCUGCUCAGCAAGCGACAUGCCAUUGUGCCCAAGCUGCAGCAGCUGAUGAUGGCUGCGUUGGUGAAGCUGGAAGGCCUGAUUGACAAGGCCCUGUCCAGCCCCUUCAUGGACCCUUCACAAGACCAGAAGAGCACCGAGAGCCAGCUUGUCACCCUGCAGCGUCAGUUCCAGGACACCGCCAGCCACCUCAACGAUCUGCAACAUGCUUAUGCCACUUUGACCGGGGAUGAGAGUCCGGUGUCCUUGCCCAUCUGUGGGAUCCAUCCCAUCGUGCAGCAGCACAGUAUCUGGUACCUGUACCGAAUCAUCUCUGAAAACAUCAGUGAAUGGAAGUGCAUGGCUUUUGUCAAGUUCAGCCUGCCUAUGGCCCAGGAGAAGACAGACGGCUGGCUGAGAGAGGCAGCCCGGAUGAGUGCCACCCUGGCGCUGCAAAGCCCAGUUCUGCAGCACGCCGUGCACAUUCUGGAGGAGUUUCGCAGCUACCUGCCCUUACUUAUCAAGCUGAACAGCCUCCCACUGCAUAGCCUCAACUUUCAAGCCCUCCUCCGAGCCUUAGGGCUGGGCAGUCUCACCGUAGAACUCCUAACACUGGGCCAGCUGCUCACUUGUCCACUGCUGGAGUUUGCAGAUCAAAUCAAUCAGAUCUGGUGGAAUGAAAAGGAACACAUUCGUGCCCAAGAGAACCUGCAGCAGCUGCAGCAAGUCUGGGAAGCACGCCAGCUGCGACUGCUCAACUUCAUCCUGCACGUGCCCUACAAGCCCCGAGGCUUGGAGCGCUCCAAGAAGCAAAUGCUCCACAGCUCCCACAAGGAGGUAGUGGCCGUAGACAGUGGCACCUUCAUCCUUUCAGAUUACAACAGCCUGCGGGAUUCUAUCCAGGAAAGUCUUCAGGUGUUGUUAUCAAUCCUCGCCAUCCAAAAGUCGGGAGACUUAUACAAAAGAGCUUUGGAGUGGGUGACCAUCAUGCGUGACCUGAGUGACAUAUUGGAGGCAUGGGUGACUUUCCAGCACAAGUGGAUUUUUCUGAAUAAAAUUCUGCAUGAGAUGAAGAUCCAGUUUCCCACUUCUGAUCUGCACUCCCGUUUCAAGGCCAUGGAUGAGCAGUAUCGGAUCCUGAUGCAGAUCUCUGUAGCUGACCCCUUGGUUCUGUCACUUGUAGUGCCCAAUGUCAAGCGGACCCCUUACUUCCAAGGCCAACAGCUGCGACAACUGCUUCAAGCAGGCUCGGUGGAGCUGGAGGAAAUCAUUAUGGCUCCAAAGAGUGUGCUCUAUAGGUUCUGUGCUCGCUUCCCCCGCCUUUUCUUCCUCAGUGACAGUGAGCUGGUGGACCUCCUGAUUGCCCCACUGGAGCCACGUGAGGCCCAGAUAUGGGUACGGCGCUGCUUUCCUCACGUGCUCGCUGUGAGCUUCAAGUCCAGCCCAAAUGAUAAAAACAUGGAUGCCCCAGAGUCAAGGUCAGGUGUACAGACUCAGGUGAAGGGACUUGCAGUGCUAGGAGCAGGUGGGGAGGAGGUGAAGCUGCAGCAGCCCCUUCCUCUGAAUCCAGACCUCCCCAGGUGGCUGGCCUCUCUGGAGAAGUGUCUGCGUUUGGCACUGGUGCACUUGCUGCAGGGCUGUGUGGCUGCCCGUCUGCAGAGCUGUGAGGCUCUGGCCCCAUCCCUAGACAAGGCCUUCAAGGAGCUGCCCCAGCAAAGACAGUUGGCCCUGCAACUGUAUGUCCACCACUGGCUGGAGUUAGUCGAGUCCUUCCCAUGGCAGUGUGUGCUUGUGGCAGAGGAGGUGGUAUGGCGGGCCGAGAUGGAGGAGGCUCUGCUUGAGGGGAGGACCUUGGCCAUGGUCCCCACACAUGUGUGCAAGCUGGAGGUACUGGUGCAUUUUGUACAGGCCCAGAGGGCCUCCCAGGAUAGGGAGCUCCUGCCCUCUGUCCGUCAGACCAGCCUGCUCAGUGCCCUGCUGGUCAUGGCAGUGGCUCACCGGGAUAUAGCACAGCUGCUGAAGGAGCACCAGGUCAGUGAUCUGACAGACUUCCACUGGGCCCGCCAACUCAAGUACCACCUGGGUUCACCUCACAUCACCCUCCAAAGCCCCCUGCAGAGUCUCAAGACUACUGCAUCUACUGAGACUUCUCUGACACCUGCUGCAUGCUGGGUAGAUGUGCUGGGCCGGUCCUUCCUGUACAAUUAUGAGUACCUGGGUCCCAGACUAGGGCCUCUACCUAGCUUGCUGCAUGAGCGGCCAGCCCUGGUGCUGUUAUUGGCCUUGGAAGAGGUGGCCUGUGGGACCCUACUGGGCCCUGAUGGCGUGGGCAAGGCAGCCAUAGUGAAGAGCUUGGCACAGGCCCUGGGGCGCCAGCUGGUAAUAAUGCCCUGCUUGCCUCAGUUAGAGGCCCAAAGUCUGAGCAACUACCUGAACGGUGCCCUGCAGGGUGGCGCCUGGCUGCUGUUGGAGGCAGCUCAGCACCUGCCCCUUGGUUUGCUGUCUGCCCUGGGCCAGCGCCUGGCUGAACUGCACAACCUCUAUGCCCCACUGUACCAGCAGGCUUCCCGAGGCACCAGUGCCAUCGACCCAACCCACCCGCAGCUCCUUGGCAGUGGUUUCUUUGAGCAACAUCAGGUGAACAUGCGCCUUGGCUAUGGCUGUGUCCUGACGCUGCGUACCCUGAGCCCUGCUGUGCCUGCCAAUCUGCGCCUGCUGCUGCGGCCUGUGGCACUGGCACUGCCCAACCUACAGCAAGUGGCAGAGCUGACUCUGCUGGGUGCAGGGAUGUGGGAUGCCUCCCUCCUGGCUGCCCGCCUAUCCAAAUUCUUCUCCCUAGAGAGUGAGCUGGCAUCUGGGCCCCUGCCCUGCCGCUUGCCACUGCUCAAGCAGGUCCUCACAGACAUGAUACAGGCCCUAAAUGAGACCGAGGAGGAACCCAACUCCCAGCCACCCCACACACUUGCUGAUGUCCAGGAGACUGCCCUACUGCGUGCCCUGCUACGCUCACCACUGUUCAGCAUCCCUGAUGGGGUCCACCUUUACAACCUCCAAGAGCUGCUCUGUGGGGUCUUCCCCUGUGCCAGACAAGUGCUGGCGGAGCCUGUGACCCACAGGCUGAGGACGCCACUGCUGGUGGAGGAAUUGCAGCACCAAGGCCUGUAUCCCAGCCCUGAUAUUUUGGGUUCCCUGGAGCAGCUGUGUCAGGCCCUGGACCGGGCCUCUGGCAUUUUGUUCCUGGGCCCUGCAGGCAGUGGCAAGACCACUUGUUGGUACAGCUUAUUUAAGAUCCAGAAUCGGCUGGCGGGCAUGGAGGACACCUCAACACCGGGUUGUCUGUCUGUGGAAAUUACCCACCUGUAUCCCAGUGUCUUCAGCCCCCAGGAGUUCCUGGGAUGGCUAGAGGGCCCCUGCUGGCACCAAGGCAUCUUCCCCAGGCUGCUUCAGGCAGCCAGUCAGCGUAAGAUUGUGGACCCAAAGAGCAGGGCACAGGACUCAGUGAGGGUUCAGCACUGGGUGAUAUGUGAUGGGGCCUCCAGUGCUGCUUGGCUGGACUCUAUCACUUGCCUCCUGAGUGCCCCCCCACAGCUGAUCCUUCCCAAUGGUCAACUGAUAGAACGACCCCCAGAUACUUUUCUCUUGAUGGAGGUGGGAGAUGUAACAGGAAUGUCCCCCACAGUGGUGGGCCGUUGUGCCCUAGUCUGGUGUGGUGGGGAGCAGACUUGGCAGGGGAUGCUUAAGGUCCUGAUGGCAGCCCUGCCCCAUGAGUACUGCCUGCAACCCCAGACAGUCACCGAGCUCAACGACCUGGCUAACCACCUGGUGCCUGCAACGCUCCAGUUCCUCACCUGCCAGGGUGCCAGCUCCCUGCUGCAGGCACACGGGCAGAAAGAUGUUUGCCCAGGUGUGGCUGAAAUCACCAGCCUGGCUCGCCUCUUGCGUUGCCUGCUUGAUCCCCACCUAUGCACAGAUGAGAAGACACAUGUCCCAGGAAACCUCAGCUAUAGUGAUCCUGUAGCCCAAAGCUUAAAGUCCUUGAAAAGAAGUUCUCUGACCAGGUCCCAGGAUGACGGCAAUGAUGUGCCUAAUAAGCACAGGGAACACUUGCUGGUUGUCAGCAGCUUUCUUUUUGCCUUGAUCUGGGGCUUUGGAGCCCACCUUCCCUCCAGACUCUGGCCCCUCUUUGAUACCUUCCUGCGGGAUUCUAUUAGUUGCCUCUCCAACUAUCCUGAGCUACCACCGUCAGCCUUGGUGUUUGAUCUACAUGUAUGCCCUGAAGAUGGGACACUGGUCCCCUUCACUGGCCAAUACAUGGGCAGCCUCAUCAAGGGAUCUCUGGGCACCUUCAGUCCUUCUCCCCAGACUGAACGGCUCUUGUAUGUGGUGGACCUGCUUCUGUCGGAGGGACACCCAGUGCUGCUGGCUGGAGGGGCAGCAACAGGGAAGUCAGCCUUUGUGGAGGUGCUGGUGGAACCACAUCACCCUUACAUGUACACCCCCAUCCACCCUGCCUUCAGUACCACCCACCUUCGCCUUCUGCUGAGCCAAGGGGUCCAGAGCCAAGCACGAGACAACCCGUGGCAGCACCGAAAUUCCAAAGGCUCCCUCCUCUUCCUGCUGGAGGAUCUGCACCUGGCCGCUCCUGAUCCAGAGAAGAGCUGUCAGCCAGUGUUGGAGACUCUACGCCAGGCCAUGAAUGGCACUGUGUAUGCCCACAGUACCUUGGAACUGCAGGCGCUGCAACCUAUAGUCAACUUCCUCGCCACAGCCACAGUGCCGGGCUUCUGUGAGCACCCACUGUCCCCACGCCUCUUUCGACUCUUCACAGUGCUGGCCCUGGCUGACAUGACCCAAGCCACGCUGCUGAGCAGGCACACACCCAUCAUCCAGGCCUGGCUUGAACGCUUUCCCUCUGUGGAGCGGGAGAGUGUUCUAGCAAGAGCCCUGGUCUGGGCCUCCGUGGAGGCAUGGGAGGUUGUGGGCAGCUGUUUUAUACCUUCACCUGUCCACCCACACUACCGCUUCUCCCUGCACUCUGUGAGCCAACUACUAGGCAGCCUGCAGCUGCUGCCAACCAGAACAGGCUCCCGAGGUAUUCUGGACUAUCCCAACCACCAGGAGCAUUUGCGCCUGGUAUCAGGCUUGCGUGGCACCCGCCUGACAAUUAUGAUGGCCAUGCGCAAUAUGGUACGUCUGUGGCUGCAUGAGGCACAGAGAACCUUUUGUGACCGGCUAGAUAGCCCUAAGGAGCGCACCUACUGUGCCAAGCUGCUCCUAGAAGUAGCUCAGAAUGUCUUCUGCUGUGGGCCAGUGCCCCAAAGCCUGGGCAAGGGCUAUGAGGAGGAGGAGGAGGGGGAGGGGGAGGAAAGAGUGCCUGAAGUGGAGUCUGAAGGGGAGCUGGCACAGUGGGAGGACUGCAGCAAUAGCAGCAGUGAGACAGAGGAGGAGGAGGACACUUACGGCCUUUGCGUCACCACAGGCCCAUCCUCCAGUGAUUCAGGUCUUGCAUCACCCAUAGCCCCAGUAAAGUGGAAGAACACAGAGAGCAUAAGUCAAAAGUUAAACCAGGAAGAAGUCACAAGGGUUCCCAGCUGUAAACUUGAGCUAAAGAGAUCCACGAAUUGGUGGCUGAAGACAUCCCAGAUGGACCUGGUCUCACCCCUGUUGCUGCCAGUGCUACUACUCUGUCCCCUGGAAAAGCCCUCAGACCUGAUCUUCAGUCAGGAGCUGAUACUAGGUUCCAACUCUGAGAUCCCCAACUUGUACCUGGAACGGCAGUGGGAGAGCCUGGGGGAGCAGCUGGCCAUGUCAGCCGCUCAGCUAAAGCUGAGCCCACACCUUGCCCAGUGUCACUCGAUGGCCCAACACGUGGCCCGCCUGGUCCGAGUGCUGACCAGGCCCCGGCAGCAUGGCCUGCUGCUCUCGGGGGCUUGGGGCACUGGGCGCUGUACUGCCAUCACUUUGGCAGCUGGCAUUUGUCAGGCCCGCCUCUUCCAUCUGCCAUGUGGUUCAGAGGAGGCCAUUCUCCAGUGUCUACGGGAUGCCAGCUGGCAUGCUGGCAUGUUAGGCCAGCCAGUGGCCCUGCUGGUGCCCAAGGGUGCGGAUCUUACCACCUUUCAUCGCCUGCUAGCCUUGGCAACCUCAGGCAGUUUCCCUGACCUGUACACAGAGGCACAUCUGGACAACAUUGAAGAACAUCUCCUCAGAGACAACCUUACUGUCAAGCAGACCAUCAGGAAAGAAAUCCUGCUGCAGAGAUUCUACCAGCAAGUGUGCAGCCACUUGCACAUGUUCAUCCUGACUGGAGAUGACCAGGCCCACAAACAAUUGCCCUCCAUUCUUUUCCUGAGACUCCUCCAACUGGCCGUCACCAGCAUUGACCACUAUGAACCCUGGGACCAAGAUUCCCUGGUCAGUGUGGCCCAGCACCACCUGGAGGGUGGUCAGAAUCUAUCCCCUGGUGAUGACUCCUUGAAGUGCCCAGACCUCCAGGACUCAAUUCCUGGCGUGGCCAAAGCCAUGGCUCUCAUCCACCUUUCGGCAGCCAGCUACCAUGGGCACCUGUGCCCUGAAUUGCCACUUGUAACCCCCAAGACCUACCUGGACUUCCUGGACACCUUUGUGCUGCUGCAGCAACAGAUGGUUGUGCAGAUGAAGAACAAGGCCCAGCGGGUCCACAAUGCCCUGGGGAAUCUGACAACACUAUUUGAGCAACACAAUACUCACACCAACCAGAUCUCCACCUUGGAACAGAAGCUGAAAAACUCCUUCAUGAACCUCAAAACAGUGCAGCAGCAGCUAGAGCAAGGCAAGCUCCUGCACAAGCAGCAACUGGAAGAGUGUCGGCAGCAGGAGAACCUCAUCAAGAACCUGACCAGGCAGUGGGAUGCCCUGCGGGCUCAGCAUGAGGCUUUCCUGGAGCAGAUGGGCAAGGCAUUUCUCGGGCCCCUGAGCCAGCUGAAAGUGAGUGACUUUGAAGAGAUACGGAGCUAUCGAGCACCACCAGAAUCUGUGAUCCAGGUGACCGAUACACUGUGUGACCUCUUCCACCGUGAUAGAGGCUGGGCCAGUGCCAAGCAGCUGUUAUGCACUGAGGACUUUUAUCAGGAGCUGGUGUUCUUCCCCAAGGAGAAGAUGACAGACUCAGAGGUAGCAAAGUUAAACCUAGCUCUGAAGGCUCCAGGUAUGAGUGAUGCAGCCUUGCGGGCAGUAAGCACACCUGCAGCAAGCCUGGCAGCCUGGCUCUGGGCCGUCCUGCACUACAGGCUGGCACAACAGCGCGGACUGCCCACGGGCCUGCUGCUGCGGCAGGUAGAGGCCACACUGUCUCGGGAGCAGGCCCACCUGGCCCACUACCAGUUCCAGGCUCAGAAGACCCUGGAACACAACUUCGCCCUGACCAAGAAGCUGGAAGAUUUCCAGGCUUCCCACAACCAUCUGUUAGAGAAUCUCACCUGGGCUCAGAGUGGCCACUAUCACAAGUUGCCCAUAAAGGCUGCACUGCUCACACCCAUGCAUUCCUGGACUACAGAGCUCCAGAAGUUGAAGGGGCACUGCAUGACUGUGUUUGGAGAUGCCCUCCUGUGUUCAGCUGCCGUCAUUUACCUGGGUCCCUUCCCACCACUGCGGCGCCAGGAGCUAUUGGCGAAGUGGCUGGCUCUGUGUAGGGGCUUUCAGGAGCCCCUGGGCCCAGAUGAUGUGGCACAGGCCCUGAAGCAGAAUCAGAAAUCUGCCCUGCCACCAAAAAAGCCCCUGCUCUCCAUACGCUCUCCCUUCAGCCUACUGUCCUUGCUAAGCUCUGAAUCCGAACAGUUCCAGUGGGACCGAGACCUGAAGCCCCAGGCAAAAUCAGCUCGCCUAGCAGGCCUGCUUCUGAGAAGUUGCACCCACUACUUCAGUUGCCGUUGGCCUCUGGUACUUGAUCCCAGCAAGCAGGCCCUCAUCUGGCUGAACCCACUGCCUCAGAGAGAGACUAGAUGCUCGGCCUCAGCUCCCACCAAGGGCAGAGGGCAGGGCUCCAGGAGAAGUCAAAAAGAGUAUACAGGGGAGGGCAUGGAAGAGGAAGAUCAUUACAAUAGUGAAGAGAGUGACCAAGCUAAGGACAAGACAAAAGAACAGAAGGCAGAGGAAAGGGGAAAGGAGGAGGAGGUGGAAACGAAAGAGAAGCAAGUGCAAGAGAACAAGGAGGAUGAGACAGAGAGGCAGCAGCCUCUGCCUGUUCUCCACCUCAGGGUACUCUCGGGCUCUGACCCAGACCUGGGUCCUCAGCUCCUGGAAGCAGCUGCUGGUGGCCUGCCCGUGCUACUAACCAAUAUGGAGCUGGGCCUAGGGUGCCAAGAGCUGCAAUGGCUACUGCAGCGGGACCAGCUGAGCCCACCCCAGGUGCAGCCUGGCUUCUGUCUCUAUCUGAGCACUACCCUCCCUCUCAGUGCCUUGGGAAAAGCACUAGGCUGUGAACUGCUGAAGGGGCUGAAUGUGCUGGAUCUGGGACUGAACAUGGACAUCCUAGAAGAACAGAUGCUGCAUGAAAUCUUGUGCACAGAGCGUCCUGAGCUUGAGGGCCGCUGGCAGGACCUCAAGAGGAGAGCCCUGGAUACCUGCGAAGCUAUGGAGGCUGCUGAGGAGCGGCUCCUGCUGAUGCUACUGUUCCAGAACCCAAAUGAUCAGGAUCCAGCCAAGUUCCUGCGGGACAUGGUAAGGACUCAGGCAGAGCUAUGUCAGCUGCAUGCCCACUAUGAGGAGCUAGAAGACCUGAUGCUUCAGGAAAUGGUAGUGUGGGCACCCUAUCGGUGUAUAGUCCAGCAUGGAAUGGCCAUUAUCAAGGCCCUUAGCCCACUGCACAACCUGCUGCCACCUUUCCAAAUGAGCCCAGAGAACUGGCUGGCAACCACCAAGAAGGCCCUGAACAGCAUGAAGCGGUGUGAAAAUCAUCAGGAGCAGGACCUGCGCUGCCAUCUGCUGCAGCUGAGAACACAGCUGACCCGCCAGCUGCUGGGCAGUACCGUGGCUGCACUGGGCCUGACCCACAUGCCCUUGGUAGGUGCCUUGGGUGCUUUGGCUCUGCUGCAAGUGGCAAGGAAGGCACCACACCUGGAGCAGCUGGCACUUUGGCCUGGACUGGCAGCUUCUCCCAGCACAGGCUAUAGCAAGCCAGUCCCAGGUGUGGCUCGACCAGCCUGGCUAGGGCUGAGAGCCUGGCACGAAUGUGGAAUAUUAGAGCAGUUGCCGCCAUUUGCUGGACUGCGUAUCUCCCUGGCAGAGCACUCCAGUGUUUGGCAGACUUACCUGUCACUAUCAUCCACAGUGCUGGGGCCUGCACCUGGGCCUGGGCCUGAUCCACUCAGCCUCCUCCAGAAGCUGAUCCUGUGGCGUGUGCUGAGACCUGAGUGCUUCGCUGGUGCCCUGGCAGACUUCACCACCUGCUUCCUGGGCCGGCCCCUGGACGAAAACCUGAGUGCCUCCACCAUACCAUUUGAACACAGUCAGGCUACUCAGCCCCUGCUGAUCUUGUUGCCACCACCUGGUCACCCCACAUUCAUCAUGCAUCCCCUGACUGUCAUCCAGAAACUGGCUGCCCAGCAUGAGCAGGGGCAGAAGCAUGUGGAGGUGAUAGCCUUGGGCUCUGAGGCCUGGGACCCAGUCUCCACUGUGGUCAGCACUCUAUGCCAGACUAUGCACAACGGGCACUGGCUGGUGCUGGAUAACUGUCACCUGAUGCCUCAGUGGCCGAAAGAGCUGCUACAGCCCUUGCUGGGACUGCUGGAUGGAGCCAAGGUGGUCUCGGACCUGGAGUUAGAACUGCUUUUAGCUCAACCUGCAAGCAGGAAUGUGGUCCACAGAGACUUCCGUCUCUGGCUUAUUGUGUCUGCAGAGGCUACCGCUUCCUUACCAGCUGUGCUGACUCAGCACUGCAUGCCUGUGUUUUGGGAGCAGUCCCUGGAGCUGGGCCACAUCUUGAUCACCAAUAUGGAACUAGCCCAGCAAGGACUCUCCGUGCAACCCCCUACCAAGGUGCUGCCUCUGCUCCUCCUCCACGGCCUCCUACUACACCGGCAGCUCUAUGGAAUGAAGCUGCAGGCACACAGGGGGCGCUGGGAUCAAGUGACCCUGACCCAGGUUCUUCAGACCCAAGACCAGCUGUGGGCAAGCCUUAGCAACCCCCAUGCUGCCAUGCAGGAGCUGGCUGCUUCGGUUUUCUAUGGGGGUCCUGUGGGAGACAACAAGGACAGGGAGGCCCUGAUUAGCCUCAUACAUGCCUGCCUGGGCCACAGCAGGGGGCAUUGGGACCAACCACACACACCGCAGUAUCUGCUGUCCACUCUGAUACCCAGCCCAGAUCUAGAGGAGCUGGACGCUAUGUCAGAAUGCAAGGCCCAGAUGCACCUCCUGCCCAUACCACCUGAACCCGGGAUCUGUGGACUGAGUGCUGGACCCCAGGCCUGGCUGUUGCGACGCCAGAGUCGUGCUCUUCUGAGCGCCCUGCAACAGACUUCAUCCACUUGGGUGCCUGCACCUCGGGGUGGUUCCCGGCGCACCGAAAGGCGGCUGCGGCAGCGCCUUGUUCUAGCCAAGCGGAGACUGGAGUCGUUGCAGGCUCUGCUGACCGAGACCACUAGCCAAGACGAGGCAGAGGCCAGGUGGAUGGUGAUGGGGCAAAAUGCGGGGCGGGCGGUGGAGGGCUUCCUCCAGAUGGAGGUGAGGGAACUGAGCCAGCUGGUGAGCACACUGCAGCCGGACCUUGACUGCCUGUUACAGCAGCUAAAGGGUGCGCCCCCUUGCGCCUCCCAACGCUGUGCAGCUGUGGCCCAUGCUCUCUGGACUGGCCGCCUACCCCCGCCUUGGAGACGCCAUGCGCCUGCGGGGCAGCAGCCGCCUUGGCACUGGCUGCGUCAGCUGUCGCGCCGUGGACAGCUGUUGGUUCGCUACCUGGGCGUGGGCACUGAAGUACCAAAGCGCAUCUUUCACCUAUCAGCCUUUCGCCACCCACGCCGCCUGCUGCUGUCGCUGCGCUGGGAGGCUGCCUUUGCUAUGGUCACCCUGGACCACCAUGUUCCCAGCUCGAAUGUGCCAGGUUGCCAAGGCCCCACCUCCACUCAUUUCCCCCAUAAACAUCAGGAGCUGAACAGCAACCCACUGCACCUCCAGGUGGUGAACAGCCCAAACCCCAUAGUUCCAGAGACGGGUCUGCUGCUGAUUGGGCUACAGCUCUGGAAUGCCCAGUGGGAUCCACUAACAGGGGCCUUGCAGGACAGUCCCUCCAGCCAGCCCAGCCCUCUGCCUCCAGUCAGCGUCUGCGCCCAGGCCCUGGGCACCAAUGACCUGCCACACCCUGGUGGCCUGGCUGUAUAUUCCUGUCCUGUGUACAUGGAAGGGCCCCUGGGUACUGCUAGGUUGCACAGCAGGAAUAUCCUGAUGCACCUGCCCCUGCCCACCAAGCUCAGCCCUGCCAUUUGUGUUCAACGGAGAGUCCAUGUGUGCAGCUCGCCCCUGCUCUGA